ACACUGUGUUUACCCCGGAGCGCGCGCGGGCUCAGUUCAAACAUGGAGCUCGACUCUGCGCUGAGAUUCCUCCGAUUAAACCAAAUAUCUGAAGCCUGGGUCGAUGCAGUGUGGGCCUUGGAGUUCACAGAAGCAAAGGAGUUUGAUGAUCCUGUUGAGGAGGAGCUGUCGGCCGCUCGGCCCAAACACUUCAAAAAACUAUAUGACAGUUUGCUCGUGUUUACGCAGGAGGAGGCCAAAACAGAACAAAGUGUGUGGGCAGUGCUGCAAGAAAAUGGCAUCUCUGUAAAGACUCUGGUGGCUGUGCUCUCGUUCUUUGUGUUUGGUGGAAAGUGUAAAAAUGCUGAUGUCCAGCAGAGGGUCAGCGCGCUCCAAGCCGCCUCCGUGUAUCUGCUGCUUCUCGGGCUGCCAGGAAGCAUCGCCAACAAGGCUUUCCACGGGGAUCUACUGGACCUGUGCACAGACGUCUGGACACACUGCUGGCCUCAGGACUCAGGCAAGAAACGUAAAAAAGACCCACCAAAGAGCUCCCAGACCGAAGUAAAACGAGCCAAACCACGACGCAAGGCCACGCACAAGAAUGUUGAUGAUGAAGACGAGGAGGAGGAGGAGGAUGCAGCAGAGCAUUUCUCUGGUCAGGACUUGUCCGAGGUCCGAGCGGCUGUGGUCCUUUUGGUUCAGAGCCUCCUCAGGCUCCUACAGGUGUUUUCUCUCAAAGACUUUGAACAGAACGUCAAGAACUGCACCCAGGUCUUCAUUAAAAUGUUGUACUUUGAGCCCAUCAUUGGGGAGAUCAACUUUGCAGAGCAAAACAUCAGCGACAUGAAGAGCGUUCCAGAGAUGGCGUUCCACGGUCUGCAGCUCCUGUGCUCGCCAAAACACGGACAACAGGAAAAGUCCUUGAUCCGGAUCUUUCACCGUCUGCUCUACGUGAUCCUGAUGAUGGACAAGACGAGCAGCGCUAAGCCCACGCUCCUGACCGUGAGCCACAGCGUCAUCGCCGUCCGCAAUCAGGCCCUCCAUUUUGUCUGUCAUGUGGUGAAUGAGGUGAACGACUCGGCUCUGUCAUGUGUCCGAAUCCUCCUGCAGCACAUCUGUCUACAGAUGGUGGAGAAAAGUGAGUUUCGCUGCCAUGGCGCCCAGGCCGUGGGGAGGCUGAGCGCGCUCUGCUCCAGUGCAGGAUACGCCUGGUUCGUCAGAUGGCUGUCCAACUUCUCUCAACAUUCAAAGAUGGCGGGCCGUCUGUUCUCGGUGGACGUGGUCAUGGCUCUCCUGGAGCAGCCGGAGCGGAGUCCUGAGGGAUGUGACCCGACGCUGCUGCAGUAUCUGCCCCACAAAUACCUGAUCCAGGAGGUGCUGUUCUCUCGGAGGAUGGACGUGUCUCCCACCGUCCAAGGCCACGCCCUCUCCUGCCUCGCCCAGUGUCUGGAGCUGCCCUCGAUGAACGCCACCAGAGCCGUCCAAGGCCUGUUUACCACAAUUGGGAGUCAGUCUGAACUCGCUCAGGCGACUGAAGGGAGCGUGGCGUCACGUCAGACUCAGACGUUUCGCUCUCUGCCCUUCAGGACGGUGGAGCUCAGUCACACAGACAGCUCUGUGUGUGAAGGAAAAGUGAACCUGGAACAUAUUCUGAGACGUGUUAAACAAUCCAACACAAACGUGAGGAAGUCUGCGCUGCAGGCGCUGGUGGGUUUGCUGAAGCACGACGUCGUCCCCUCGACUUGGGACAACCUGAGCGUUCUGGCGUCUCGCUGCAGAGACCCGGCCGUGUCCGUGAAGAAGAAGGCUCUGCAGUGUGUAGGGGAGCUGCUGUCUGUGAAGCCGUGCUGCGGCGGCGUGCAGGUGGCGUGGUUGGAGGGCGUGUGCUCGGCCGUGAUGGACGCUGAGAGCUCUGUCCAGGAGAGGGCGCUGGAGGCUCUGGACGAUGUGCUGCUCAGUCACAUCAAGAUCUUCUCUGAAAACACUUUUCUGGACAGAGGUCAGAGACUCGCCUGGGACCUGCUGGACCGACUCUGCCACGACUGUCACACACUCAGUCGAUAUCUGACCAAAGCGUUUGACGUGUGGCUGAAGCAGGGCCGCUUCACUCCGAUGUUUUUCCGGGCCCUUGUGUCUCACACCGGGGCCCCUCACGCGGCCGGGGCCUGGCUCCUCCUCUCAAAGAUCUCAUCCACCAGUCUGCCCUGUGGAGAGAUCCUGGACGCCUGGGACAAAAUGACCAGGUGGAACGACGUGAACUCCAAAACUCUGUGUAAUGUUCUGUGUGUGAUCGGAGACGUGGCUCCUCAGCUGAACGCAGACACACAGCGCCGCAUCAUCGACGACCUGAUGUCUCAGCUGAAGACCUUCAGUCUGAGUCUGGACGUCAUCAGCGCCGCCGUCGAGGCCUUGGUCCAGUACGGACGAUCGGACGACGUCAAGUCCACACAGACGUUUCUGAACCUUCACUGUGGAGAACUGGUGACCCUCUGUGAGUCGUACUUGGCCUCCAUCAUCCUGAAGAAGGACGGAGCACAGAACCUGGACGAGGACCUCAUGGUGAAGUAUCUCCACACUCUGGGCUCGGCGUCUCUGAACUGUCCAGCAAAGAUCAGCAAAAGGACCAUUCUCCUGGUGGAAUCUGUCCUGACCACAAACUCCCACAAACUGACCGACGUCCAGGACUUUCCGGCCUCUUUGCCUUUGUCUCAGUUCAGAGCGAAUUCUUUUUUGUCUAAAAUCCGAGCUCAUGGCGUCCUCACACUGGGUAAACUGUGUCUGCAGCACGAGGAGCUGGUGCAGAAGUACAUGCCUGUGUUUGCCCGGGAGCUAGAGGAAGGCACUGAGGUGUCUGUGAGGAACAAUGUGGUGGUCAUCAUGUGUGACCUGUGCAUACGCUACACCAACGCCGUCGACUACUACAUCCCCAACAUCUCUGCACGACUACGGGACAACAGCGCCACCAUCAGGGAGAACACACUCGUCAUGCUCACCAACCUCCUGCAGGAGGAAUACGUGAAAUGGAAAGGGUCUCUGUUUUUCCGGUUUAUAACGGCGCUGGUGGACCCGGUUCCGUCCAUCGCAAACAUGUGUGAGUACUGCCUCCUGAACGUCCUGCUCCAGAAGAACAAAGACAUGUUCUGCCAACACUUUGUCAACAGUAUUUUGUAUUUCAACGCCUACACGCGGCACAAGUCCUUCAACGAGUUCCCCCAGAGCGACAACUCCUCGUUGAAAGGGCCUCAGAAUCGGGACAAACGUUUCCAUAUUUAUCGUUUCUUGUUGGAGCAUUGCACCGACGCUCAGCGCUUCAGCAUCACAAACAAGAUCAGCCAGACUCUGCUGGUUUGCUUCGCCGAUGGAGAGCUGCCCCUGGACGCAGACGGAGCGGACAUUUUGAGUGAGACUUUUGGAGUUCUGAGUCUGAAGGAGAUGAAGCUACAGGCCCUGAAGUCGUCAGGAGGAGAGGAGCCAGAGGAGGAGAACAUGGCCAAAGCGGCUCUGGAGACGGCUCAGAAGAAGGUCGUGUCUCAGGUUCAUAAAAAGGUUUUCAUUGAGCACACGGUUCCUCUGAUCAUCAGCCUGAAGCAUCGUCUGGAGCUGGAGCGUUCGCCGGUGCUGAAGGACCUCAUGUCGUAUCUGCAGGUGACGAUGCAGGACUUUAAGAACGAGGUGAGGCAGGUCUUUGCUGGAGACGAGCAGUUGGCGUCAGAGCUGGAGUUUGCUCUGAAGGAGGCGGAGAAACAGAGAGUCAUCGAGGAAAUGGAGAACUGCAGCAUCCAACCAGCACCAAAGAACAUCCCCACAGCACAGAGCGCUGACCUUCAGUCUCCUGCUCGGCCUCAACCUGUUCUCGCUCUGCGCUUUGCCACUCCACAACCUCCUCAGCUGAACAGUGUGACCUCCCAGCUCCCCCUCAGUGAAAGACGUCCGCCCAACGCACUCGUGGGACGGGGGGAUCGUGGUCGGUCCAAUUAUCUCGAGGAAACUGUUCUGCUCAAAGGGAAACUGAACACACGAGCGAUCAGCACGCCCAACGCCGCCGUCAACAUGAGCCUGACGUUUGACGAAGGCUUCAGCGCCAUCCUCAGCGACAAAGGCACAAGUUCCAUCGAUGACGCUGGGCCACGGGACGGUUCCAGUGAACAGAGAGCGUCGCGUCAGUGGAACGUUCAGUCUCCGCUCCGCAGGAGGAAUCCUCUACAAGAUUAAACAUUUACCCUGGAAUGACUGUUUUUAUAUUAAAUGACUGUUUAUUCACUUUUUGACAACAGUCUGAUGUUUGCGACACUUUAUUCACUGCAGCAUAAACUGUAAGAGACACGACUCUUAUUAAAACUGUUUAUUGAUUUUGUC